UUGUGGAUGAAAAUGGUAUUAGCUAUCGUUAUCGAUACAUCAAUCCUUCACAGAAUACAAUUUGUAUUUAAUAUCUUAAAUUUUGGGUUAUAUAAAUAGCGCCAAAAUGUUGCGGACCGCUAUCACGACGCCCAUAAUAAAUAAAUAUGUUCAAAAGGCUGGAAAGAGUUUGAACGAUAUACCAUUAACUUCAGUUUUGUAUUCGAAUUUGGUACGACACCAAAACACUCUUCCAAUUGCUAAAACUUCUGAAGAGUUACCAAAGAAAGGAUAUUCACCUUUUGGAAAUAAACAAGCAUCUGCAGCUGAGUGGUCAUUAGCCAGGCUUGACGAUUUGCUUAACUGGGGUCGUAAAGGUUCCAUAUGGCCUUUAACAUUCGGUUUGGCAUGUUGUGCAGUUGAAAUGAUGCAUAUAGCUGCGCCGCGGUAUGAUAUGGAUCGUUACGGAGUUGUUUUUCGUGCAUCUCCCCGUCAAGCUGACGUCAUAAUUGUAGCAGGUACCUUAACGAACAAAAUGGCUCCAGCAUUACGGAAAGUCUAUGAUCAAAUGCCAGAACCACGUUGGGUUAUUUCAAUGGGUAGCUGUGCCAACGGAGGUGGUUAUUAUCACUAUUCGUAUUCAGUUGUACGAGGAUGCGACCGUAUAAUACCGGUCGACAUAUACGUACCUGGUUGCCCGCCCACUGCAGAAGCAUUAAUGUACGGCGUUUUACAGUUGCAAAAGAAAGUGAAACGCAUGAAGACUCUUCAGAUGUGGUACAGAAAAUAAAAUGUCGAAUAAAAAGACCGAAGUUAAGGCCAAAGACAAGAGAGCAAGUUAAAAUGUCCUCUUUAGUAAGUUUGGUUUCAUGUUCUGUUGCACCAUAUAUUUUUAUUUCAAUAUGACGGCAAAUAAAUUCCCUUUAAAAUUCA